AUGGCCCCGAAACGCUCCCGCGACGAUACCACCACCGCCGACGAGAAGCGGGAAACCACCAACGAUGCCCCCGUGAAGAAGAGAAAGGGUUUCAGCGUCGGUCCUGCCAACCUCCCAGAUGGAACAUACCGUCGCAAGACCCAAAAAAUCAAAAACGACCUAAUUCAAAAAGCCAAAGUCAAAAAGGCCUACGCCAAAGUUCGCGCCGCCGAGCUUGCCGCCGCUCCAUCUAGACCCAUCUACACCGACGAUGCCCAAGAUCAAGACGAGGAGAACAAGCGCGCGGACCCGGCCCCGGCGUCGUUGGAACUUCACCCGGACCGGCAGGCUAUGCUAGACCAGCCGGCGCCGGAGCCCGAACCUACUCCUGCUGGUAGACCGCAGCGUGGGGAGAAGCGCAAUGCGAAGGGCCGUCGUGAAAGAAAGCCCAAGCCCUCUGCAUUUGCUCGAGAGAUGGAAAUUGCGGAGAAGCGGAGGAAGGAGGCGGAGAAGCGUAGAGAGGAGCGCGAGUUCAGGCAGAAGGAUCGCGAGGCGAUGGCGCGCGCAAAACGGCCGGAUCAGGCUGGGAAGAGGAGAUUGGGGAGGGAGAGUAAGGUGUUGUUGGGUCGGGUGGAGCGGUUGGUUGGGAAGGCAUAA